CGCGGGAUUCGGCGCCAGCAGCGCAGUCUGGCGUCAUCGGGGGGUAUGACACCGACACCGUCAAACCGACACACGGCUCGUCCCGUCCCGAAUGGCGACGAUUUUCGACCAAAUACGUGGAAAGCAGUGCCCCGCAAGCCACUUUUUCGCGCACUUUUCGCAAAAAUCCCGGUGCAUUUGGGUUUUGUCUCGCUGUGAUCAGGUUGUCCUGAGAUGAGCCAUGUUCUCGAAGUUCAUGCCGUUCAAGUCGAAAAGCAUGUCCAUGGAAACGGGGAACGACCGAGCGAUUAAGCCCCUGAUAUGUGUGGCCUUACUGAUCGUUUUUCUGGCUGGCUGUAUUCUCGGUCGCUCUGAGGACCCUCGGGAUGAAGACGAUCCGUACAAUCGGCUCAAAAAUCAUCAUGACCCAAAGACCUUCGGCGAUAUUUUGUACGAGUACAUUCGUGACAUAGUGAAAGUUCCUGUAAUUGCAACGGUUUUCUUCUGCUGGGUAUGCGGUUCGUUUGCCGACGAACAUGGGAGGGUUGGAGCGAUGCAGCUGUUUUUCAUGUUGUCAGGAAUCGGAUUCGGGUUCCUUGUCUACGCCCAAGAGUAUGAAUUCUCCAUCCUCGGCACCUUCAUUCUCGGUGCAGCUCUCGGUUGCAGCAUCCCUGCCCCGAUCUACAUCGCGGAGCUGUGCCCGGUGGCGUACCGGAGCUUCUUCCUGGGUCUGGUCCCUGUGGCCCUGUCCCUGGGGAUGUUCACCGUGGACGUGAUCGAGCUGCGUGGAGCCGAGGACACGGCCUGGAAGAGCCUCUGCUGCUUCUCCGGCAUCGGGUUCUUGCUCAGUCUCUUCCUCCACGAGGCUCCCGAGUGGCUGGUCAUGCGCAACAGACCCGACGCGGCCAUCGAGAGCCUCAAGUGGCUCAAGGAGACCUCCGUAGACGUGGACGUCGACCUCCGCAAACUCCAGGAGACCUCCAUGGCUGCCAACCACCGCUCCGACACCACCCUUGAGAUGCUCACCGAUAAAAGGGUCUGGAAACCCUUCGCUAUGCUUCUCGGUCUGGCGUUGUUCCAACACCUGUGCGGGUUCUACAUCCUGAUCUUCUACGCGCCGUACCUGGUGAACCAGUACCGGACCAACAUCUACUGGUUCAGCUCGUACACCGGGACGGACUUCCUGCUGCUGGUGGCCACGUCGGCGGCCCUCGUGUUCCACGCCAACCUCCCUCGGAGGACCGUGGCCGGCCUCUCUGGGAUCGGCUCUUCUGCGGCUCUCCUAGGUCUCUUCCUCCACGCCCACCUCUUCGUCGCCCCGCAAGACCUCCUCGACCCCACGCCCGAUAAGGACAUGCUGGUCCCGGUCUUCUUCUUCACCUUGUACAUCUUCUCCGCCGUCAUGGGGAUCUACACUCUACCCUGGAUCCUCAUGUUCGAGGUCUUCCCGUUGCGUCAUCGGGGUAUACUCUGCGGCCUAAGCUUCAGCACCCUCUAUCUGGGACUCUUCGCGUUCGAGAGCCGGCUCAACAACUACCUGUUGACAGGCAUGGACCUCCAGAGCCUCCUGUGCUUCUUCGGGACCUGCGCGCUAGGAUUCGCGCUUUUCGCCCGCUCCUGCCUCGUCGAGACGCACAAGAAAACCUUCGAGGAGAUCGAGAGAGGCUUCACCAAGGAAAGGAUCUUCCUCCCAAUCGAUGAGAAAAUGUAGACCUAACCUAACCUAACCUAACGGAUAUAGACGAAGCGUCACGACAUACUCGAUCUCACCUUAAAAAUCUGGAAUCGUCGGCCACAGAAAAUAUCACGGUAAAAAUGUGUCGUUCAGUUUGAAAAUAUUUUUUUUUUUUGUAGAAAUAAAAAUACUAGGUUUUAAUUUUAGAAUUAGUAAUGUUUGAUAUAUUUCUGUCAAUUUUUUUUAACACCCGUGUGUUGACUGGAUUUUCAACGAGGAAUCGGAAUGCGUAAAAGUACCUUUCUAAGUGGGCAUGGAAAAUAAGAGAUGAGUUAUGGGAGGGGGGGGGGAGUGUCAAUCUUUCUUGGUGAAAUUUUGUCUUAACAAACGCUCCCGAUUAUUCCUGUGCUUCACGAUUCGUUGUAUUUUCCACUCUCUUCAUAAGAGAUUGCCUUCAAUUGAGGAGCUUUCCGGAAAAAGGGCACAUAACAAAAAUUGCGUUUGAGAGAAAUGCAUUUGAAGUUUUGAUCAUUACUCUAUGGCCACUGACGGUGACUUUCGUUCAAAAUCGGGAGUCCAAGCUGCGAUGAAAGGUACCAUCAGUGGCCAGAAUUUAAUAAUGGAAACUUGAUAUGCAUUUUUCUCAAACCCUAUUUAUUGCUAUGUGCCCUUUUCCCGGAAAGCUCCUCAAUUGCCUUUUCUUUUUUGCCCAGGUUUUUUAACACUAUCCACUAGGAUAUCGCAGUAAAUCCGUUUCCUGGAACUAGUAGAAACACAUAUUUACAGUAUUUUUAGUCGAUGCAAUCACAUUCUGCAGAAAGGAAUCUUGUCUUUCUUAUAUAUUUUUAAAAUUCUUGUUAAUGCGAGAAAGUACCUAUUUGUUUUUAUACUUUUUUAUUAUUUUAGUUUUUGAAACUGCUGAUUUAUUCAUAGUGCCUAUUUUAGUCACCUACGAAGCUAAUUUAAGUACAGCUAUUGUGUGUUUGACAGAAUUUAAGUACAACUGUUGUGUGUUUGAAAGAAAAUGAUAUAAAACACGAAUAAAUAACGAAAUUUCACCUUUUGUUUCGCUUUUACCGGAA